UAAAUAUCUAUAAAGAUUAUUAAGGAACUUCGUUAUGGAUCCUAAUGUUUUGACAAUUGUGCCUGAUUACGCGACACGUAAGAAUGAGUUAAAGGACAUUCCCAUUACAUAUAAAUGUCAUCAGAAGCAUGUUUAACAAAGGCAAAUUGAUGGUGUCGGAGCGCAAGCACUUUCAUGACCACGACAGUUACAUAAUGUCUAUCGCCCACGGUCACUUAAGACCAAUAUAUAUAAAUAUACCCCAAAAUCACCUCAUCACUCUUACAAGAUCUAGACCAUGUUGCCAAAAGUCUGCAAAUUGUGUAUCAUUUUCUUGUUUCAAAUUCUUGUGGCCUCUGCUUCGAAAUGGGAUUUAAAAAUGUCUCUAAGAGAUUUAAUUUCGGGACAUUGCCACGUGGUUACUCCCCGAGUUUGCCGAAAAUACACCGGAUUUGAUUCAGAUUUUACUUGUGCAUUUAUCCUGAGACAUGUAUGCACCAAUGCAUACACAGGAAAACAGUCACUAAAAAUGCUGGCAGACACAGAUGGAAACGUGCAUAUAACCCCACUACCUCGAAGUCUAUCAUUCUACGACGUCAACGAAGACGGGCUUAUAUCUCUCAAUGAAUUUGCUAGAACUCUAGGACACAACCCACGUGAUCUCCACGUCAAAGUUGCAUUCCGCGCUGCCGACAAAAAUGGUGAUGGCGUUGUUAGUUUCAGAGAAUUUCGAACCACAGAUGCCUGGGUGUUUGAAGUGAGGCAUUUAACAAGCAAUCACCAUCCAAGAGCUGAGAAAGUCAAGGUCAAAAGGCAAAGAAAGGUUCACCAGAAGGAUGCCAUCGUGAAAGCGUAUGUAGAUUCCGACGAAUCUGAUGAUGUGUCUGAAGAAAGACAAGACUCCUUCGAACACCCAGAAUCUAAAGAAGUAGAACACAGAGAUUCCUUCGAAAAUUCAAAGGAGACCGAGGAAAAUGACUCGCGGGAAAUCAAUGACGACUAUGAAGAUGAUCAUUAUGAACACAGCGACGAAAUAUACGAUGAAACAGAUGAUUCUCUAGAGAGGGUAAAUGAUGAUGCACACAGAGGACAUAUACCCCACAUACAUGUUGUACCUAUUUCAGAAAAGUUUGAUCAUUCGAGUGAGACGGAUAAGGAUUCGCGAGAGUCGGAUAAUAUCUCACAUGAAUUAUACGACUCCAACGAAAUGAAUAAGAACUUAAUACUUGAAAUAAACCAUGCAUCAGAAGACUCUGAAGAUAAUUCACAUGAAUAUAUGUCAUCAGAAGAUAAUUCACAUGAAUAUGCGUCAGAGGAGGUUGAAGAUGAUUCACAUGAAUAUGCAUCAGAGGAGUUUGAAGAUGAUUCACAUGAAUACGCGUCAGAGAAGGUUGAAGAUGAUUCACAUGAAUAUUCAUCAGAAGUAGAAGAUAAUUCAUAUGGGCAUGCAUCAGACGAAGAUAAUUCACAUGAAUAUGUAUCAAGUGAAGUAGAUGAUUCACAUGAAAUUGAGCAAGACAAUUCACACGGCUCUGUUUCGCAUGAAAUUGAAGAUAAUUCACAUGAGGAACAAGUCUCCAGAGAGAAUGAACAUGAAGAACACAAGGAUUCAUUAGAACAUGGAGACCACGAGUAUGAAUCAUCUCACGACAAAGAUGAUCAUUCCUUCUCAUCAGAGCACUAUGAAAUCCACAGAGAAUCAAAGGAAGACUCACAUGAAAAAGAGGACUCAAGAGAGAUAGAGAAUGACGAGUCUAAUGAAGAGAACAAAGACGACAGCGACGAGAAAAACAGUUUCGUCCCAAAAUAA